GGCGAGGAGGAGGAGGGUAUUUGUCGAAGGCAGGAGGGGAGCGCGACGCCAGCCAGCAUAUGUGCAAGCAUCACUUCUCUGCAUGGACGACACUCCGAGCAGCUUGGUGAUGCCCGAGGGACCCUCUUCUGCGCUGAUGCGGCGCCGCCUCUGAUACGAUGCCGAGAGCAGGGCGUGCAGCCGCUUCCCUUGCGCUGCUGCUGCUGUUGCCGCUGCUGCACAGCUGCCACCUGUGCCACUCACUGCAUGUUCCCAAACUUUCCUCCUAUGCAAAAGCCGAAGACAAGCUGUUCAAAUACCUCUUUGGGAACUACCAGAAAUGGGUUCGCCCAGUGGAAUCUCUGAAUCAGACGAUAUGCGUGAAGUUUGGACUGGCUAUCUCCCAGCUAGUUGAUGUGGAUGAAAAGAACCAGCUGAUGACUACUAAUGUGUGGAUGAAACAGGAGUGGAUUGACAUGAAGCUAAGAUGGGACCCUGAUGACUAUCUGGGCAUCACAGCUAUACGAGUACCCUCUGACAGGAUCUGGCUCCCAGACGUUGUGCUGUAUGAUAAUUCAGAUGGUCGUUUUGAGGGAACCAUCACCAAAGCAGUGGUCAAAUACAACGGAACCAUAACGUGGACGCCCCCCGCUAAUUACAAAUCCGCGUGCACCAUUGACGUCACGUUCUUCCCGUUUGACCUCCAGAACUGUUCCAUGAAAUUCGGCUCGUGGACCUACGAUGGCUCCCAGGUUGACAUCAUUCUGGAGGACUUCCAUGUGGAUCGGCAGGACUAUUUUGAUAACGGCGAGUGGGAGAUUGUGAAGGCUACGGGCAGCCGUGGUGUAAGGAUGGAUGGCAGCGCUUCAUAUCCCACCAUUACCUACUUCUUCAUCAUCCGCAGGCUGCCUCUUUUCUACACCCUCUUCCUCAUCAUUCCCUGCAUUGGCCUGUCGUUCCUCACAAUCCUCGUCUUCUAUCUGCCCUCCAACGGCGGCGAGAAGAUCUCUCUCUGCACCUCUGUGCUGGUGUCGCUUACCGUCUUUCUGCUGGUCAUCGAGGAAAUCAUCCCCUCCUCCUCCAAGGCCAUUCCGCUCAUCGGCGAGUACCUGGUCUUCACCAUGAUCUUCGUCACGCUCUCCAUUGUCAUCACCGUAUUUGCCAUAAACGUCCACCAUCGCUCGUCGUCCACGCAUCACGACAUGGCACCCUGGGUCAGGAGGAUUUUCCUGCAUAGGCUGCCCAAGCUGCUGUGCAUGCGCAGCCACGUGGACCGCUACGGCACGGCGGGAGGAACCCGGACGGGAAGAGCACUGGGAAUGGGAAUGAUGAAAGACUCUGCAGCUGAGAUCAGCUCUCUCUCCCACACCAGGCAUAACAUCCAAGCUGCGCUGGAGUCUAUUCGCUAUAUAACAAUGCAUGUGGUGAAAGAAAAUGAGGUCAGGGAGGUGGUACAGGACUGGAAGUUUGUUGCCCAGGUUCUGGAUCGAAUGUUUCUUUGGGCGUUCUUGCUGGUGUCCGUCUUGGGUUCAGCUCUUCUAUUCAUCCCGGUUAUCUACAAAUGGGCUAGCAUCAUCGUCCCUAAGCAUGUCGAAGGUGCCCUCUAA